AUCAAUCCAGAAUAAGCCAAGCCCAACGCGCAAUGCUGCACAACACAACAGAACAGAACACAGCCGACCCACUCUUUGUCUAAGCAUCAUCUUCCAAUACAGCUACGUUAGCUCAAUCCAUCCAUCCAUCCACCAGUUAUUAGUUGAGCGCGGCAAUCUAUCUUGCUACUAGACUAUUAAUAGCUAGCUAGAGCAGUUGCUGAUUUUUUCUUGAUAUAUAAAUUUCUGUGCAACAAUGGGCGAUGACGACGAACGACGUCGCAAGAUGGAACAACGGCGUGACAAGUACGCUCUGAGCCACUCUCAUACAUCGGGAUUCGAUGCGACCGCCACCAAAGCUCCCAGCAUUGCCGCACCCGCCCUCGACGACAUUGCGUUGCAAGCCCAAAUUGACGAAAUGAACCGCGCCAUGGCGCAAGCCCAAAAAGAAGCCGAAAAGGCCAUGGCGACGACUGUGGAAUUGGUCAAUUUUGACGAAUCCAGUAGUGGAUUACUGUCCGUGAGUAUCAUUGACAGUCGCAUGGCGCGACAAGAAGAACAAGCGAAACAAGAAGAAGAAGAAGCCAAACGACUCAAAGCGGAACGCCAAGCCAAAAAGAAUGCGUAUCGACAACGCUUGCAAAAGAAACGACAACAAUUGGACAAUGAAACCGAAGAAGAACGUGAAAUGAGACGACGCAUGGAAUUUUUAGAAGCCGAAGGAGGAGAUUUGGAAGAUAGAGCGCCACCACCCAAACAACAACAAACGGAUGAUUCCGAUAGUAGCGACUCGGAUUCGGACGACGACGAUGAUGAUGACAGUAGUUCUUCGGAUUCCGAGGAGGACGACAGUGACAGCAGUGGUGGUGGUGACAACAAAUCCAAAAAAUCGGCGAAAAACAAGCCCAGCACCAAAACGACAAAGACACGCACCAAACUCAAAGCAUUACGAACCGCUUCCGCGGACAAAUCUGCUGCUGCUGCUGGUGGUGGAAUCAGACGAAAAGGGAGACCCAAACGAUGCAAAUCCAUGCACGAUGCACCCGACAUUUGGGACUACGAAUCCGAUGCAGCACGACGAGGACGAGGAGCUCGCAAAAGUGUCGCGGCAACGUUGCGACCACCCAGUAAAAGUCCCGAACGAGACUCUACUACUAGCAAAAGCAGUCCUCCUACCAACGGCAGAACGACAAAGCGAAGUCCCAACAAUAAACCAAGAGCACUCCGACGCACCAAAACCGACGGCGAUGCCGAUUCACUGGCGGGCAGUACGCGAAGUUUUGCCAGCAAUAGCAAUCGCAGUCUCAUGAGCAAUGCCAGUAAUGCCACCAAUGGAACAGCAACAGCACGAGGGAGACGGAGAAAUACGCUGCUAGGAGGAACACGAGGAGGAGCCAAUUCCUCCAAUCGAUCCAUUCGAUCCAGUUCCGUCUCAUCGCAACGCAGCAAUCGCAGUGCUCGAGGCACUAUCACCGACCGGAUUCGAGCUCGACGAGAGUCGCGACAAUCCAUACUGGGGACUCGCAGUAAUAAAAAGAAGAACCAGCAAGACGAUGGAAAUGAAACGGAAGAAGAAGAUCCGCUCGCACCCAGCAGCCGAAGCAACUUUGACGGAGAUGCCAGCAUUCAAGAUGUGGAUGAAUUCCAACUUCAUCCAUCGUCCAAACUCGACGAGGAAAAAAUGAGUAUUCACAAUCUGCUCAGUGGAAACUAUUCCGUCCGCAACUAUGGUGAAGGCGAUGAUGACGACGACGACAAUUUCUCCCAAAUAUCCGCACUCACCAAAGACAGUUCCAUGCCAGCGCCUCCAACGCGUAGUAAAUACGGACAACUCGAUGUCAAGCUCCACGCCAACUUUUCCAAUGCGCCGGGCAAUAAUAAUAAUGACAAGAGUAAAAAGGAACUCAAAAAGGAAGCAAAAAAAGCAAAAAAGGAAGCCAAGAAACAACUCAAGAAAGAAAAAAAGGAAGCCAAGAAAGCCAAAAAACAAGAGAAAAAGGAAGCCAAGAAAGCAAAGAAAGAAAUCAAAAAGAGAAUGAAAAUGAGUGGAUCUUCUUCCAUGGCCAGUUCGGUGGCAUCCUCGUCGGGAGGAAUGUUGAGUGUGUCCAAUAGUAGUUUGGGAGUCGAUGAUGAUGCACUCAGUCGCGCUCUUUCUGCGUUUGGUGGAACCGAUCCCGAUGCCAGUGUUAAAACAGAAGACAGUAAACACUCAUCCAAACGGUCCAAACGACGCAUGUCCUUGUUUGGAGGGAAAAAGGACACGGACAGUAAAGAAGCCGAUCCUGACAAGGAACAAACCAAGGCCGAAAAAGAAAAAGCCAAAGCCGAGAAAAAGGCAGCCAAAAAGGCCAAGAAAGAAGCAGAAAAGGCUGCCAAAGAAGCGGAAAAAGCCAAAAAGAAGGAACUCAAAAAGGAAAAGAAAGCCAAGAAAAAGGAGAAAAAGGCAGCCAAGAAACAUGGCAAAUCACAACAAUCGACCGAUUAUUCCGUCAUUAGUGUCUCGGCGUCCAGUGGUGGCGAUGAAUCGUCCUCUUCCAGUAAUGAUGAUUCGACCGUCUCGAAUGAACAGCAACAACCGAAAGCAAAUGCUGAUGAAGCACUCGACAGCAGUGGCAAACUAGACAGCAGUGGCAAAACGGAUGGCAGUGGCAAACUGGAUAGCAGCAGCAAACGCAGGAAUACGGUUGCCGGCAGAAGAACCGUUCGGGCGUCGGGUGUCGGCGCUAGACUCAAUCGAGCACGGCGUGGAAGUGCAAGUAAUGUUGCCCGAUCGGGCGUUGCGGCACUGGCCAGUAAAAUGAACAACUCUAUGAAAGUCAGCGAUCCCGCCAGGAGCCCUCUGAAUGAUAGUUCGAGGUCAAAGAGCAGCCAAAACAACAACAACAGUACGAACAGCCGAAGACGACUGAAUGCAUCCUUUCACAGCAGCCGGAGUAAAACGGACCGAAUCAAGGAACUCGCGCCGAACGAUUCCAGCAACAUGUCUGUAUCGUCGCACGGUCGACGUGCGGCUGCAGCGGCGGCUCGAGGUCGUCGACAUUCCUUGGGUGGCGCUAGCGCGGCGGAGGGGACAAGCGCACGGGCCAAAUCCGCUCGCACUUUGCGAACCAACACUCUACCAGCUCGUUCCAGAUCUCGUAGUGUACGACGAGGGAGCAAAUCGGGGCAAGAGGCUGCCAAGGAGAGUCUUUUGGAUGGUGCAGGCGGCGGCAGUAGUAGUCACAAAAGCACCGCUGCUACUGCCAAUGGCAACUCCAGCAGCCAUAGAAAAUCGAGUUUGAACAGUUCCGUUCGGUCUCGUGGUGCUCGACAGACCAAGUGAAGACAAUGCAAUCUUAUGGUCGUGCAAAGAGGAGUGUGGUCCAAUGGGCCGUAAUGAGGCAGUUCAACCGUGCCCAGCGCAGUGCAACCAUGCCCAGUCAUGCAUUGCAAUUGCUUCUUAAGACAGUGGCAUGUGAUUGAUUGAGAAGGGAUUAGGGUAAUCUAACCUAGUAGUUGACUCGAUUGUGGACC